GACCCGCUCCCGGAGCCGGAGCCGGAGCCGGAGCCGGAGCCGGACGAGCGGCGCGGCCAUGGAGGCGCCCUCGGUGCCGGCCGCCUCCACGUCGGGCGCGGCGGGGCGCAGGCCCAUCAAGGGCAUCCUGAAGAAGGGCGGCGGCGCGCUGUCGGCGGGGGGCGCGGCCCCCGGGGCGCGGCGGGCCAGCCCGGCCCGCGACGAGGACGAGCACGGUAAAAAAUCCCAGAAGUGGGAUGAAAUGAACAUCAUCGCUACGUACCAUCCAGCAGGCAAAGAUUAUGGUUUGAUGAAAAUAGAUGAGCCAAGUACUCCUUAUCACAGCAUGGUAGGAGAAGAUGAUGAGGAUGCAGUGAGUGAUUCAGAAUCAAAUGAGCCCUUAAAAGCAGAUGUGUUGACUAAAAAACUAGCAGCUGCAGCUGAAGGUAAGGGACCUAAGAUCCUAGCAAAGCAGGAGGAAAGCAGUGAGGAGGAGGAUGAUGAUGAUGAAGAAUUAACACCUGAAGAACGAGAAAAGAAGAAACAGUUUGAAAUGAAGAGAAAGAUGCACUACAAUGAAGGGCGAAAUAUCAAACUGGCAAGACAGCUUAUUGCAAAAGAACUACAUAGUGAAGAUGAUGAGGAUGAAGAUGAAGAGAUGCAUGAUGCUGCAGAUGUAGAAACAAUGAACACGGAAGCAACUGAACAUGACUGAGAUUUCUUGCUGAUUGAAAUGAAGAUGGCCAGUCCAGUCAGUAAUGCACAUACUACUAGUGACCAGCUGGGAAGUAGAGCGCACAGCAUAGAAGAAAUCUGUCCAGAACUGUAACUGCUUGUCAAAGACAAAUACAAACACUGCUUCAUGAUCUUUUGCAAUUAUGGCUCGUAAAUAUCAAGAAGCAUAUCAGUUACAAUGUUGUAUUGCCAAGAAUGUUAAUUUUAGACUUGUUCAUUAGGCAGAAAAAACUGUCUAAUUGAUUUAUUCUUGUGCCUAGUAUUUCAUGGAGAAUACUGCUUUAUCAUCUGUUCAACCAGAAUGGCAUUCCCUGUAUGUAUAACGCUGAUUAUCUUGCGUAAUGUACUGUUGCUCUUCAUGCUUUGAAACACAAGACAGUAUCUUUGUUUUUUUCACUAUUUAUUUGACAAUGUUCUAGGUGUGGUAUCUCCUAUGAAAGGGUUUGGAAUUCAAGAGCCAAAUGGUACAGCAUACAUUGGAUUGACAUAUUUAUCAGAUGUGUUAAGCAGUUUAAAAAGGGAUUAUUUAAGUUUUACAACUUUUUUUGUAGAAUUUUGACUGGUUAAUCUAGAUUUCAGUAUGUUAUUACCUGUAUUUUCCCAGUCUCUAGAAGAAGAGCUGUAUUAUUUUUAAGAGCUGUGUUUGGAAUCAAUUACUAGUUUCUGACUAAGGCAGUACUAACUUCUGGUGGAAGGAUGUUUUUACACUGGAAAUGCGCUAACUUGAACUUUGUGUUUAACUGUCAUCUAUCUCUUCCAUUGGGACUUGAUUUUUUGGAGCUCUCUUGGUUUAUCUUGAGAACAUGGAAGUUCCCUCCAACUUAUCUUUUUAAAACCACAUCAACUGUCACUCUUCUUGCUCUUGUCCUAAACUUCUGGACUUUUCCAGUUGCAUGAAAAGUAAAUACUUACCUGAAGUAAACCACCUAUUUAGGAGGAAAUCCACAUCAGGACUGUGGAGACAGGAGGGAUUUAAGCUCUGUCUGCUCUUUAUAUAAAAUAUAACUGCUGAUGAUCUUAUACCUUCUUGGUGUUUGUACCCUCUAUACUGAAUACCACUGGUCUAAAUCUUUCUGAAUCCAUUGUAACUUGCAGCAGCUGCUUUUGCAAACAAAGUUUGUUUGGAAGGAUAGAAGACUGCCUAAUUCAAAUGCUGUUUACAAUAUAGUUGGAUAGCUCCUGUAAAGAGGGAUUUUUGAACCUCCAAAUUACUGUAAAAACUUCCCACUCAAUGGAUUUUGACUGGUGAAUGUUAUAGUAUUCAAAAUAGUUCUUGGUUUUUAUUACACAAAUGAAGUAUACACUUAAGCUUUAGCUUGUUUAUGGAAUACAUUGUUUAUCUUAAUUUUGAUCCGAAUUUGAUAUGUUGCAAAAAUCCAUAUAAUUAUAUGGAACUAUUUUAAAAUGUCUUUUUGUCCACUGUAUAUGUGAAGUUUGAAUAAAGGAAUGAAAGUUA